CGGCCGUGCGCUGGCGGCGUCGGCGGCUUUGGGCCCCGGGAUGCGCUCGUCGCUGGCCCUUCCCAGCUUCAGGUAACAUCAGAAAGAUCACAAUCCCGGAUUGGGUCUUCAAGAUCACCAACAACAGCUACAACGAACAUCAGAAGAAAGAAAACGAAAUUCACUGACUUGGGAUUUGGAGUUCUGUGUGUACCCUGGUCAAGACCAUAAAAUAACAAAUCCAGCACUAGAACCCAGGUCUUCUGGGAAGUUUCUCCAAGUUGUCCUUGUUGAUGUGAAAAGUAAUUGAGAGUAAAUAACGUGACAUCUAAGAACUACACUUCUGGUAUGUGUGUUUAAGAACAGUAUGGCAGUCACCAGAAUGUAUCACUGAAGAAUAUGAUGGCUGAAGGCAAUUUAAAAACGCUGAAGACUCAACAGUGUGUAGUAAGCAAUAAGCUGCCUAGAAACAGGCCUUAUAUUUGCAAUAUUUGCCUCAAACACUUUGAAACACCAUCAAAAUUAGCAAGACAUUAUCUGAUUCAUACUGGCCAAAAGCCAUUUGAAUGUGAUGUGUGUCAUAAAACGUUUAGACAACUGGUUCAUCUGGAAAGGCAUCAGUUAACUCAUAAUCUGCCUUUUAAAUGUAGUAUUUGUCAGCGCCACUUUAAAAACCUGAAGACCUUUGUGAAGCACCAACAACUUCACAAUGAAACCUAUCAAAAUGAUGUUAAGCAGGUUAGAAGAUUGCUGGAGGCCAAGCAAGAAAAGCCAGUGUGUGGAAUGUAUAAUACUUUUAGCACAGAGAGAUGGUCAUUACAUCCAUGCUCGAAGUCUGAUCCCACAUACAGCACUACGAAGAAAAGAAAGAACAUCCAUGCAUGUACAAUCUGUGGCAAGAUGUUUCCAUCACAAUCCAAACUUGAUAGGCAUGCGCUGAUUCACACUGGUCAGAGGCCUUUUAAAUGUAUCUUGUGUGGUAAGUCUUUCCGGCAGUCAACUCAUUUAAAAAUCCACCAGCUCACACAUUCAGAAGAAAGACCUUUUCAGUGUUGUUUUUGUCAAAAAGGAUUUAAGAUUCAAAGCAAACUCCUGAAGCAUAAACAAAUCCAUAUGAGAAAUAAGAACUGUCAGACUCUUUCAUUAAAGGUGAAGAAUCCAGAAUCACGCCCCGUGCCUCGUAAACUAGAUGCGAAACCGGAUGGUUUUGAAAAUGGUGAGAUGGGUGGCUCUGAAGAGAAUAGCCUGCUUGGUGUCCACUCUGCUUACGUCGUCCCUUUCCAAUGUCCAGAGUGUGAGGAGUGUUUUGAAUCGGAGCAGAUUCUUAGGGGACAUGAGUGUGUCCCCGGAAGAGGUGGUAACAUUCCAAGCAGGCUCAGAAGAAGCUACAACUAUAAAACCAUCGUUAAAAAAAUCUUGGCCAAAUUUAAAUGCCCUGGGGGUAAAAAUCUAGAUAACUUCCAAUCAGAGAAGAAAGUAUUGAAAAGCAGUUUGCUGAAAAAUAGUGACUUUAUUUCUUGUGAACAGAACUCAGAGGAAACCCAGAAAACACGUCCGGGUUCCCUUGGAACAUACAAGACAGUUGGCAGCAAAAAGAAAAAAUCAUUAACGUUGCCAUUUUCUUGGCAAAAGCAACUCCAAAGCCAAAAUAUGGGGAAAAACUUGAAAAGUACCCGUACAACAGAAAAUAUAUUAACUGUGGAAAAUUCAGUGACUAGUAAAGACUUAGCAAUCUCCGGUUCACCAGGUGAGACAUUGUUUAAUAACCCUAAAGUGCUUCAGUGUGACUUGUCAGUUCCAGUUGAAAACGUACAUGCUGGACAUAAGAUGUGUCCUUGUGACAAAUGUGAAAAAGUAUUUCCUUCUAUAUCCAAACUACAGAGACACUAUUUAAUUCACACUGGACAGAGACCUUUUGGUUGUAAUGUUUGUGGGAAAUCAUUUAGACAGUCAGCUCACUUAAAAAGACAUAAACUAACUCAUAUUGAAAAGAUUCCUCAUCGAAGAUCCCUUUGCCAAAUGGAAUUUGGAAAUUUGAACAAACAUUUCAUUCAUCCUGGUGAUAGUGUUAGUGAUAGUACUUCCCAACAGUAUGAAGCUCUUGAUUUUCAAAACCAUAAAGUUUUAGAGUCCAAUGAAAUAUCGGAAGUGGUAGUUAAGUCAGAACCGGAGGAAUUCACGCCAGGUACCCAGUGUGGGAACAGGCAGCUCUGUGCCUCUAGCACACGUUUGAAAUCAGAGCAGACUUUUCAUCGUAGUGACUCAGAGCGUCCUGAGAGAAGUGAUGGCCUCGUUUACCAAUGCAGUGUCUGUCCUAAAAGUUUCCGAUCUCCAUCUAAACUGGAAAGACACUAUCUGAUUCAUGCAGGGCAGAAACCAUUUGAAUGCUCAGUUUGUGGCAAAACCUUCAGACAGGCUCCUCACUGGAAGAGACAUCAACUUACUCACUUUAAAGAGCAAUCAUAAUAGAAAGUGAUGGUUUAAGAUUCAGUUGUUUAAUCUACAACCAGUAACUCAUUUGUGGUCUCUGAUGAUCUUGGAUCAUUCAGAAUGCAUCUUUUUUUUUUUUUUAAACCAUAAAGACUGCGUUAAAUUGAUUUUACAGACAUCUGCUGCUUCUUGCAAAAUAAGGUAAAAUGUAGAAGGUAAAGUUUCAGGAAAAAAAAAAAUUACUUUUGGGUAGCAGAACAUGCUAAGGUACCAGAGCACAUUUACUUUAAUAUAAAUAUCCAUUUUUAUCUGUAUUGAAAAUUGUAAGUCCAUGUUAUACAAAUAAUUUAGUCUCAGUUUGUAAAGAAAUUAUUUCCUGACAUGUCAUGCUUGGGGUAUAUGUACUCAGAGGGUGGGCAGGCAAAAACUGGUAGCAGGAGACCUGCUAUGUUUUGCUUCAUGUAUUUUAUAUUUCACAGUAAAGCAUAAUUCUGUUUUCCUUUGACUCAGACUGCAAGCGUGAUUUUUUUUCCUCUUGUAAACUUACAUAUUAAGUUAACAAUGAAAAUGGUUGAGAAAUUUAGAGUGUUGUUUUCAUUGGUUUUUUUCAAAGCUGUUUAUUCAAAGGACUGUGAUAAUUUCACACCCUUUUUCUUCAAGUAAUGAUUUUUUCCCCUGAAGCUGCUGCUGUUUUCCCCCAAACAAUGUAAAAUUAGCAGAGGCUAGUAUCAUUGACCAUGUUUACUUAUCAGGAAUAUAUUCGAAGUGCCAUAACCUUUUUGGUGAUAUGUAUGCAGUUUUACCUUCAGAGGAGUAAGUGCCAUUCAUCUAGCUGUUUGUUAAUGGUUGAAUGCACGGUAGCCCUAAACUAAAGAUUCUCAUUUAGAAGUCUGUAUUCUCACCCAAGUUUCACAUUUACUUUUGUAAGCUUUCUUUUAGUGCCUUUUUUUUUUUGAGUGGUCCUAUUACUAAGCUUGUGUACUAAGCUUGAUCAAAUAGCAGUGACUAAAUCUAGUUUUAAGUUUUAUGAUAUUGAUGUACUGUAAUGUUAAAGAAUAUUGAUUUUAUCCUUAUUAAGUUGUGACUUUAGUUAGUAAUUUAUUCUCUGUACAGGAUUAAGAUGCCUAUGGAAUUAAAGGCACCUUCCUUAAAAACAGAACUGUCAUGAAAUGUACUUUAAUCCUGAACUAUGAAAGACUUAUUUAUACUCAGAAAUUGCCCUUCAUGUUUGUCAUUGUUUAUAAGAACUCUAAUGACAUUUCCUAGCAAUAAGUGAACUUAACCACUGUGUUUCUGAAAUGAAAAGAAUAAGUGGGCAUUUAGUCUAGCACAUUUAUGUAUCAUGAAAACCUGUCCAGUGAGAAUGUAGAUGAAUGAAUAAUUCUAAGUUUUGCACUGUAUCCUCAUAGUUGUUUUUCUGUGAUGGUGGUUGGAGAAAGGGGAGAAAUGGAAGUGAGUUUUGUCGGCUUGCUGCUUUUACCAAACGUGAAUUUCAAGUAACUCAAUUUUAGUUUAGAAAGAGAAAACAAUAUGAGUAAAAUAACCAAUGAUGUACAGAUGUGCCUAUUUUUUUAAAGGUAACCAACUACAACAGAUGCUUUAAAGAACAAUUACUUCUUAGGUUUCCUUGACAUUUUUUUUUCCCAGUGCAAACAAGAAAAGGAUUUGCAGAAUUUGAUUUAAACAAAACUUUCCAAGACAGCGUCUAAUCAAAAACAAAAUAUACCUUCAUGUUUUCCAAGGUUGAGAGUUUAAGUGUUUUUCUCCUAAUGUGUCUGAAAGUAUACAUUUUUGACAUUUCGCUAAAUGGCUUCUGUAAUUUCAUCUGGAAAGAAAUGUCUUCAGUAUUCCUUUUGCAGCCUAACCGGAAGAGUUCUGAAAGUGUUGUGCUUAUAUGAAUAUGACACUGAUUUCUCUAAGUCACUUUUGGCCCAUGCCUUUUUGACCUGUUUCAUAUUGAAAGCUGAAAUAUUGUAAAAAUUUUGUCAAAGAUGUACUGUAGUGCUAUUUGAAGUACCUGUAACAGAAAACUUAUUUACCUUUGUUAUUGCAAGCUUAUUAUGGAAACUUUAUACGAAGGAAGAUAAUGUAUACAGCCAUGUUAAAAAAGAUUAAAUAAAUGUCAGCUGCUGCCUUGCUGCAUGAUAAAACUGGUAGUAAUGAUGAAUCAAUUACUUUUUUGAAAAAAAAAAUAAACUUUAUAAAUAUCUUAAGAAGAUUUUGUUACAUGAUUAAGUUUUAGCAGAUUAGUUACUGAAGCAGUUUAAUUGGCAGGCUUGGUUUGUAGAAUUAUUGUUUCUUGAUUUCUACUCUGUCAGGGUCCAUAAAUUUAAAAUAAAA